AUGGCGUUUUCGCUGUUCUCCGUCGUCUCAUUGUCGGUCAUCUACCGGCUCGCAAUCAACUUCCCCGAGCUCCCCUAUACGAUUGAGCUCAAGCAAUCGGACUCCGAUGAGUUCGUCGCCAACUCGUUGCACAUCGCCGCCGCCAUCGAGAAGCUCAUCGAGCCGAUUCACGGACAGCACGCGGUACGCGUCAGCGAGUAUAGAUACCAUAAAAUCAUUGGAACGCUGGCCUACAUCGACGUCUUCACCGAUAAGGAGUCGCCGAGGCUCUCCGACGUCUUGUUGUCGGCAAUUCGAAACGGCACCAUCGGCGAUUUGAAGGUGUCCGAUGAGGGUUUCGAGUUGCAUGUUGUUCGAGAUUCCGAGGCGUUCUGCACGCCCACCGAGUUCACGUGUCUCGACAAAUCGUGCAUUCCGGCCGAUCGUCGUUGCGACGGCCGACGCGACUGCGCCGACGGCUCCGACGAGCACAAGACGCACGCGAAAUGCAAGCAGCAUCAGCCGAUCAUCUAUCAAACCGAGAAGGUGGUGUUCGCGGCUAGACGCACCACCGCCCAUCUAUCGGCCGCCGUCGAUGCCGGCUCGAACGUCCAGAUCGCCUGGUCGAGAGACGGCCUUCUGCUCGGCAUCGGCUCGGUGACAGUGGCGAGCGAUCCGCGCAUCGAGGUCUACCAGAAGGGUGAGAAGCACGUCUUGCGCAUCGCCAACGUCACCGACGACGACGACGGCACCUAUAAGAUGAUCGUUCAAGGGAUGAACGUCGAAGCCGACUUCGAGCUUCGAAUCACCAGCGACUCGACGUUCCGCGAAUCCGACGAUUGUCCGAGCGGCGAGCGCGCGUGCAAAUCCGGCCAUUGCAUUCCGAUCGCCGAGUUUUGCGAUCGCCGAAUUCAGUGUCCCGACGGCGACGACGAGGAGCAUUGUGAAAAAGUCGAUUGUCGAUCAAACGAGUUUGAAUGCGAGAGCAAUCACAUCUGCGUGCCGACAAUUGUGAUGUGCGAUGGCUGGCGCGAUUGUCACGAUGGCUCCGAUGAGAGGUUCUGCAACGUCACCCGCAAGUCGUAUAAGCAUGGAGCGACGAAGCUCAACGUCAAGUGUGAAGAUGGAAGCACCCCAAAGUUUAGCUUGCAUGGCUCGAGCUACUGCUGGUCCAACACGUAA